GAGAAUAGUGAUGAGAAUGAGAGUAGUGAUGAUAGUAGUGAUGAGAAUGACAGUAGUGAUAAGAAUGAGAGUAGUGAUGAGAAUGACAGUAGUGAUGAGAAUGACAGUAGUGAUGAGAGUAAUGAUGAGAGUGAGAGAAGUGAUGAGAAUGACAGUAAUGAUGAGAGUAGUGAUGAGAAUGACAGUAGUGAUGAGAACAAGAGUAGUGAUGAGAAUAGUAGUGAUGAGAAUGAGAGUAGUGAUGAGAGUGAGAAUAGUGAUGAGAAUAAGAAUAGUGAUGAAAACAAGAGUAGUGACGAGAAUGAGAAUAGUGAUGAGAUUGACAGUAGUGACGAGAAUGAAAGUAGUGAUGAGAAUGAGAGUAAUGAUGAGAGUAGUGAUGAGAGUAAUGAUGAGAGUGAGAGAAGUAAUGAGAAUGAGAGUAAUGAUGAGAGUAGUGAUGACAAUGAGAGUAGUAAUGAGAACAAGAGUAGUGAUGAGAAUGAGAGUAGUGAUGAGAGUGAGAAUAGUGAUGAGAAUAAGAAUAGUGAUGAGAACAAGAGUAGUGAUGAGAAUGACAAUAAGAAUGAGAGUAGUGAUAAGAAUGAGAGUAAUGAUGAGAGUAGUGAUGAGAAUGAGAGCAGUAAUGAGAAUGAGAAUGGUGAUGAGAGUAGUGAUGAGAGUAAUGAUGAGAGUGAGAGAAGUGAUGAGAAUGAGAGUAAUGAUGAGAGUAGUGAUGAGAAUGAGACUAGUGAUAAGAAUGAGAGUAAUGAUGAGAUGAUGAGAGUAAUGAUGAGAGUGAGAGAAGUGAUGAGAAUGAGAGUAAUGAUGGGAGUAGUGAUGAAAAUGAGAUUAGUGAUUGAUGAGAGUAAUGAUGAGAGUGAGAGAAGUGAUGAGAAUGAGAGUAAUGAUGAGAGUAGUGAUGAAAAUGAGAGAAGUGAUGGGAAUGAGAGUAGUGAUGAGAAUGAACGUAGUGAUGAUAUUGAGAGUAGUGAUGAGAAUGACAGUAGUGAUGAAAAUGAAAGAAGUGAUGGGAAUGAGAGUAGUGAUGAGAAUGAAAGGAGUGAUGGGAAUGAGAGUAGUGAUGUGAAUAAGAGUAGUGAUGAUAGUGAUGAGAAUGAGUGUAGUGAUGGGAAUGACAAUAAUGACGAGAAUGACAGUAAUGACGAGAAUGUCAGUAGUGAUGAUAAUAAGAGUAGUGAUGGGAAUAAGAGUAGUGAUGAGAAUAAGAGUAGUGAUGAGAACGAGAGUAAUGAUGAGAAUGGAGACAGCUUUGCUUUAGAUGGAUACAACUUUGCGUUAGAUGGAUACAGCUUUGCGUUAGAUGGAUAUAGCUUUGCGUUAGAUGGAGAUAACUUUGCUUUAAAUGGAGACAGCUUUGCGUUAGAUGGAUACAGCUUUGCGUUAGAUGGAUAUAGCUUUGCGUUAGAUGGAGACAGCAUUGCUUUAGAGGGAUACAGUUUUGCGUUCGAUGGAGAUAGCUUUGCUUUAGAUGGAGACAGCUUUGCGUUAGAUGGAGACAGCUUCGAAUCUACAUUAACUCUGUUGUGA